CAAAACGCAUUUAAAUAGCAUAAUAAACGUGCUUUGUUUGUCUAAUUUUUUGUUGCGUUCAAAGUAUAGAUUUCGGUUCAUGUUAUUUUUUACCAUCAACGAAAUAAACGAUCAUUUCACCUAAAAUGUUUUUACGGACCGAAGUGUUUCCCAUAACCUACUUUUAUAUUCAAAACUAGUGCAAAAUUAAUUUGUGACGCGGAGAUGUUUAAAAUUUUGAAGAAACUCAAGCUGAACUCAAGUCAGCCAGCAGACGGCGAACAGAAAAAAGCGAAACGGUGGGACUCUGUAGUAAAAAUGAAGCGAUUGAAAGACAGGCUUUUGAACGGAUUCGCUCAGACAGAACGAGAUUUGGGAAGCUCAGAAAGCAUCGCGGCUUUAGGGCACCAUUGCUACACGCCAGUGAGCUCGCCAGAUGUUAUUAUCAAAACUAAAUCUUCAUCAUCAUUACCAGUUGAAAAAAUUCAAAAUACCAACAGCGGGAGCUUUAAUUCUAAUUCCAACGCAAGCUCAAAAAUAGCUGCUGGUAAAAAAACUGCAGUAGUGCAACAUGUGGCAAACAGGGAACAAAAGUUGCUCUAUUGUUCCCUGAACAAAAGCAAUUCUUUUCAAACUGAGGGAGAGAUUAAUCAAUACGAGCGAUUAGAGAAUUAUUGUCAAAACUCUUCAGCGACGAAAGAAAAAAUAAGACGAAAAAACGAUUCACGGUCAAAUUCUUCGUUAAGUCCACAACAACGAAGAUUUUCACAAAAAUCGGUAAGUCGUGAAUUAAUGUCACCGGUUGAGGGACAAGACGAGCGGAAUUCUGGGAAACCUGUACGGGCGACGGUGCAUAGAUACUCGACGUUUGACAGUGCAAACUUGGGAAGCCAAGAUUUCCUAUCGCACGCAGUCGGAUCUCUAAAUGAAAAGAAAUUAAGAAACUCCCCAUCUUCAGGAAAUUUUUCUGAGAAUAAACAAAAUGUUGCUGAUAAACAACAAAAGGAUUUCAGGAAGAAAAGUGCAUUUGUUAAGGUCAGUUCAAACUUGCAUAUUUCUGAUGGCCCAAAAAUAGAAACAAAAGAAGGACUUAGAAAUGAAGUUAACAAACAAAGCGUGAAAGGAUCAGAUUUCACACUCCAGACAUCGCCACUGAGUGAAAAAACUGUGAAAAAAGAAGUUGGUGUUAUUUGCUCAACUUCAUCCGCAGCAUCAUCACCAGAAGCCACGCAGUAUGAAAAAGCCGGUAGUCGGGUUGAAAAAAUGAUAUCUGGGACCAAAGGUGGAAAUAGGCAAAGUUAUUCAGUAGGGGUUAAAGGGGGUGAAUUUAUUUCUCAUUGUAGCCCUAGAAAUGCCACAAAUUACGCAGGAAAUUUUGAAGUUAAAAUUAGCCCUUCCGUCGGUGUCUGCGAUUUUAAUUCAGUUCAGCCAGACAGGAGAAAUAAAAACAGUGAUCAUUCAAUUUUUGGAGGAGAAGGAAAUAUAAAUCACGUUGCAACCACUGCAGUAGCUUUUUCUAAGGAAAAAACAGAGGAUAAAAGAAACGAUUUAAGCCGUAUAAAGAUAGAAAAAACACAACAUUCUGAGAACGCACGAAGACCCACGCAUUUGAAUGUCAGUGGAAUUAGAAAUAAGGAAGAAAAUGUAGCAAAUAGCAAUGUGUACAAUGAUGGCAGCUCAUUCCAUACAGCAAAUGGUGCGUAUUGCUCGAACGGCAUAGCUGAAAGUAGAAGGGAACCACUUCAUACACAUAUAGACUCACACAAUAGUCACAGGCAACAGCAGUGUAAAAAUAUUUCGGCUAUUGCUUGCAAUGCUAGCAGUGGAAAAGAAAAUCAUACCAACUUAGUUUGCAAACCAACUAUUGUGGCCGCUGGUACAAUAGCAAAGGAACGUCAAAGCAGUGUAAAUGGUGACUACACGACUAAAAGCCACUUGGUAACUACAAGUAGCAGUCAAAAUUCGCCCAAUAGUGAUCCGAAAAGCGAUACUGAAAUUAAAACUACAAGCAGCCGAGACAAAGCAGAGCCGAGAUCAGUACUUACACGUAACUGGUCUUUCAGAGCAGCGUCUAGGUCGGCCGAAUCACAGACAGAUUUAAGCUUGGUUGAACCCAAAUUUAAAGACGCGUCAACCAACACUGAAAUAACUUUAGUUCCCCCUGCCUGCAACCAACAGAAGCGACCAUCAAAGGAACCAGUUUACCAAGCAAUUCAUAUCGCAGAUUUUAGUCAUAAAGAUAGUCAGAAACCCUCCCACGCUGCUGCACAAUUAGCAGACGCAGUUGAUAAAUUAGCCCACCUUUACAAUCCUCUUCAGGACCAAAUUUACAAACCUGCUUCCAGAAUCUCAAGUUAUCCAAAACUUCCCCAAGUGUCAAAAACUGGUGGAAGAAGUCAGUUCCAAAGUCGAAGUCCUCCCAGACGCAACUGGUCUUCGAGGCACUAUUUAAAAGACCGUCCGGUUUCCUUCAACGAGACAUUACACUGCAGAGUCGGAAACAUCGAUCCAACUCUGGGUCGAAAAGGCAGCAGGAUUUACUCGAGCACGAACCAAAGUCGUCUCGUGACCCCAACUACGAGCAGGUACGCGUUGUCGUCCCGAGUUAAUAGCUCCGAGCGGUUCUUAGACAUCAAAUAUGGUGAAAUAGAACAUUUGUUAGAGAAGAGUCCCAACUUCGAGGACUUGGCAGAUAGUGAAAACACGUUCAACGUUUCGCAGAAUUUCUACUCAGCUUCCGAGGGAUCCCUUUUAGAUGAUGACUCAGCAAUUCCUGGUCGGCAAAACACUCGUCGCGCGCAACAGCGGGUGACGCGACUCAAAGACCAGGGGAGUUCUUCUGCAGAACCGAAUAAUCGCGGUGAAAAUCUAAACGCUCGUUUUUUCCCGAAUAAUAAAUUUUACCAAAAUAGAGCCAGAAGUAACUCGAACGAAGGUCUCCUCAGACAAGUAAGUUCCGCUCAAAGUAGGAUCCGCAGCACCAAAACCGGACAUGGUGGCAGAUUUGGAAGUGGGCAUGAGCUGAAUGAUCACAAGGUUCAUCGCAGUGCCUGUAAUUUGAUUGACAGCUCUGAUUGUAGAACCAAUCCUGGGCUAGGACACGAGUCCAGAACCAGGACUGUCGGCAGCAUCUGGAAUCCGGACAACAAAAUGAGUUAUCAUGAGUUUAAUGGCGACCAACUUCCCAAGUCCAAAUCUACUUCAGGAAGCAUAUUCCUGAAGCAAGUAGUUGAACCCUCAAAGGCCUUCGCCUACUUGACGAGUAUCGACACCCUCGCAGAUGCGACGGACGGACACGAAUCAACCGACCGACUCAGCUCCCUCGGAAAGCCACAGGACAAACUGUACGAACCAUUGUGUCAAAACUGUGGACUGAAGGGACAUUCAAUCUUGAAAUGUGAUCGGAUUUCCCGCGUGGACAAACUGUAUGACGUCAUCAUGUUGGGUGACAGGGUGACCAUAACUCACAAUGAGCCCAACUAUGUGCGGUCUCAACGGAACAAACUUCCGAGGUGCUACCACUGUGGACUGAAAGGCCAUCGUUCUCGCAGUUGCAGCAAGCUUGCGCCUCAGGCUACUGCUGAAGAGGACCCUUUCGAGUCAGGCGAGACGACUUUCAACGCUUUCACAAUCCCACGAUCAACCAGACGUGCUAGAUCCGAGGCCAGACCCACACCCGAGCUCCAAAUUCCGGCUCCGGAUUACAGCGUCAGUAACAACUCCAUGUUGCUUUCGCCUGUGAGCACUGAUACCAUCUUGAGUUUUAGAAAUGCUGGGCAGCAAAACAGACAGUACCUAGACAGUAAACAGUCCGAUGUCUUCUGUUCUGAUGUUGACUAUGGCUACGACUCGGCUGGUGCUUUUAUGCGACCAAUCAGCAUGUACGACACCUUGCCAAACAGUCGAAGCCAUCAUAACACGAGCAACGGAGGCUUAAUUUCCGAACGACGACCAAUUGAGACGACUAAAAAAGCAGGAGUUCGACUUAAACUGAAGGCCACCGAGAGCAGCCCUCACAUGCAAAUGUCUCCCAAAGAUCAGUUUCAGAAACGGAACACACUUGAUUUCGACGAUAGAGAUAGUGGGAUAGGGUACGGAGACUCUUCGUCUCAGACUAACCUGGAGAACUUCCCAAGGACUCCUAUCAGUAACUUCGGGCAUAACGAAAGACCCGUUGACGCACUCUAUCAUCCUUCUGAAACUUCCAUUAAGCCCACUGCAAACGGUUCUCCUGGCACAGACAGCGAACCAUCCGAUAAAUCAACAAGUGCUAAGAAAUCAGCAAAACCCAAGAAGAAAAAUCCAAUUUUACUAAAAAUUGCUUGUAUGACGGGUAACAAAAGCUCAGCACACUAAAUGUUUAUUUGUAUAAAUUAAUUGCUAGUAGCU